AUGGCGUUUUUCGACGACUCGUCGAGUUUCUUUUCUUCCUCCUUCGGGGGGGAUUUUGGCGGACAUGCCGGCGACGCGCUGAUGCCCCGGCGUUCGAGCGGAGGUUUCAGUUCGCAGCCGUUCGAAGAGUUUGCCUCGCCCUCGCUCCUCCCCUCCCAGCAGACCAAGCAGAGCCGCGCCUCGCCUUCCUUCCAGGGAACCGCAGCCUCCGGCGCCGAAGGUCUCGUCUACGUGACUGUGGGGAUGCUACACCGCGCCGCGCGGGAGAUGCGCGAGGGCGGCGAGGAGACAAAGAGCGAGAAGAAGGCGUUCCGACUCCAUGGCAACGACGUCGGCCUGGUGGGGCUCCGCGGCUGGGUUGCGCCUCCAGGGUGUGAGAAGCUCGCGUCGCUCGUGCGCUUCAAACUCGAAGACGGCACAGGCCAAGUCGAAGUCGAGUACGACGUCGUCGACGGCAAACCGUGGUGGGGUGUCUUCGAGGAAGAGGCUGCAGGCGUGGUGGUGCCCGAGCUCGACGCCAACGGUACCCGGGAGGCAGGCAAGGAUGGCGAUGAAGGAGAGACGGGAAGCCGGAACCAGACUGCGGAAGCUGUCCAGGUUCUGAGUGGGAAGAAGCGCUUCCUCGAGGUCGGAUCCCUCGUGCGCAUCGCCGCAGGCGUGUCGACGGACUUGAAGGGCGAGGUGUCCCUCUCGGCGUCGGCCUGCUCGCCCAUCAAAGACCCCGCGGAAUUCGUCCUCCUCCACCCUGCAGCGGUCGCGCACGCAGCCGCGACGUUCGCCGCGAGACGCGGCACACUGCAGGCGCAGGAAGAGAAGGAGGUGAAGCCUGAGGGCGACCAAGCCGUCAAGAAGAUCAAGACCGAAGACGCGAAAGCAGAAACGAAGCACGAAGGCGACGGCGAAACGGAGGCGACGGCGCAUCUGUCCCCCGAGGAGGCGCAGAAGCUGCUGGCAGAUUACGGCCACAUCGAGGACCUUGUCCAGCGCGAGAUCAUUCUGAUUCUCCUCACGCAAGGCGGGGGGGCGAAACGCGCGCCGAGGGCCACGGUGAAGGCUGAAGCGCUGCGACGGAACCGCGCAUGCACGGAGGAGCAGUUGGAGGCUGCGCUGAAGGAACUGGAAGAAGCGGCUGAGAUCAUCGAACAUGCAGGCUUUGUGGCUCUUGCUUGCUAG